UGAUUGGAAAUUUUGGAGAGGGGACUAGCUGUACAGGUAGUGACAAUGAAGGUUGUAGAAGAACAGGUUCAGCCAAUGCUAUCCUAAAUCCCGUAAAAAGUGCUCGUAUGAGGACCUUAAACUCAUUUUCAUUCAAGUAUGGUAGAGUUGAAGUUAACGCUAAAGUUCCUGCUGGAGACUGGUUAUGGCCAGCAAUUUGGUUGUUACCAAGUAAAUGGGUUUAUGGAAGUUGGCCAACAUCUGGAGAAAUCGACAUGAUGGAAAGUAGAGGAAAUCGUCAGUAUUAUUCACGCAGUGGACAAAACGUUGGAACUCCAUUGGAAGCUAGUACUCUACAUUGGGGACCUAAUCCACAAAACAACAAAUUCAUGAAAACUCACUGGGAAAAGACCUCAUGGAACGGCGGAUGGGAUAAUGCUUAUCACAGAUACCAAUUGGAAUGGACGCCUGAACAUAUCAAAUUUUCUGUUGAUGAUCAAGAGGUCGGAACAGUUACACCCCCAGCUGGAGGUUUCUGGCAAUACGGCGACCUUCAACCAUCUGGAUUGCCAAACCCAUGGGCACGUGGAAGUAAGAUGGCUCCAUUUGAUGCUGAGUUUCAUAUACUGAUUAAUUUGGCCGUUGGAGGAGCCUAUUUCCCUGAUGAUGUAGAUAAUAAAUCCGGUAAAAAACCUUGGACUAGUACUCAACCUUACCGUGAAGGCAUGACUAGGUUCUGGCAGGCUAAUCAACAAUGGAAACCAACGUGGAAUUUGAAUUCAGAUGAUUCACACCUUAAAGUUGACUAUGUGAGAGUUUGGGCAUUGUAAUUAUUUAAGAAAAAAAAAUAAAAAUUAUAAAAAAACCAAUAUAAAUU